ACGAAUUCGCCACAUUAGUAGAUCAACACUUCGUGAUGUCGUCUAUUGAGCGCGGUCAAAAUUUAUUGCUGCACAUUCUACUUAUCAAUUUACUGGUUCAACAGUAUACUACACGACCUCUUGUCAUUAUAUUAGCGUGCCAACGACUCUCCUAACAGCAAAGAGCGCCAUCCUAAUACAUUUCGGCGAAUUCACGAAUACAGCAACGAACCUCAGCGAUAGCCCGGUAAACGAACAGCCAUAUAGUAAUAACGACGUGAGCAACGGUGGUAACAAGGCAUAUACCGCUAUGCUAAAGAAGCGAGUGCAUACACGAAGUGUGUAUACGGCGGAUAUAACGAAGUCUGCUCGUCUGGUUGGAAUUUCAGUUGGUUUGAAGGAGUAAAAGCAAAAACGUUUAGUUUGAAGUGAACUAUUCGGCAAUGUUGACAUGUUUAACGUUGUAACGGUAUAUAGACAGAUUUUUAUUUGAAGCAGCAGCAGCUAGUUGUUGUAGCUGAGUUUGUUGUGAAAAAUAUUGAUAUAUUAUAUGACACAGAAAAUUUUAAAUUUAUAAUUUCUGAAAGUAACGGGAGUGUUCAACCGAAGUGAAACUCUAUUUCAAUAAAAAUAUAAAAAUUAAUAAAUCGAACAGUGUGUGUUAAAAGUAUUGUUGUGCGAUCAUAAACACGUGUUGGAUAAUUGUAGUGCUCUAUUUUGCUCACGCAUCGAAUAAGCGAAGCACACUUUAAGGCGUAUAGACCGGUCUAGUACACCCGGGAGUGUCGUGCACUUCGCUCAUUUAUAAGAAAUAUCACUCUACACGUACUACAAACUGUGUGCGCGCUACAAAUAAACAGGCUAGCACCUGCGCUAUAUUGUGCUUUUGCGCCCAAAAGUAUAUGCCACGGCGUGAACUAAAAUUUGUGGCAAGAAGCUGGAAGUAAAACAACAGCGAAAACUUUCAGCUAUUUGGGGCUACGCCAUAAAAGCGGCAGCAUCAGUUCACGUUAAGCAGCGCGCGCCAAUGUGUCAGUAAACAAUUGCAAUAAAUCAAAGCUUGUCAGCGAUUCUCACGAGUGUUCGGCGGCAACAAACGACAACAGCGCAAAUUCGGGCUCACCUGUCGCACUGUUGCGGCACUAGUGCGCUUGUGUGUGUUGCGGCGCGCGGAUAUGUGUCAUUUUGUGGCGUGAACGUGUUAAAAAUUAAUUUGCAUAAAUAGCAAAUAUUUCGUGUUGACAGAGUAAAUAUUUGCCAGCAUAUGCAGGUGGCAACGCUAAAAAUCGUGCAAUAAAUUAUAGCGCCACACAUUUGUUGAAAAUUGCAAUUUUCAGCGCAUACUUAAUGCGAAAUUUAUGCAUUUAUUUAUUUAUUUGUGCUUAAUGAAAAUAAAAACAAAAACAAAUUGCAGAAAAAUAAUUAAAAAACAACAACGCAGUAAUUGAUUAAUAGCGGUGACAAAUUAACAAAUGCAUAACCGCAUAAAUAAGUGCAUACAAGUGUGUCUAUGAGCUUGUGGCAGCCGCGUAGAUGAAAAACCGACCACAGCGCCUGUGGCUAUGCAACAAAUUGUGGCUGUCUAGCAUUUGCAGCGCUUAAGAAGUGAGUAGGCACAAAAAUAAGAGCAUUUAAGCCAAACUGAGUGCCGGAAAUAAAGUAAAUUACAAAGCGAGUAAGAAAAGACAGGAAAUUCGUGGAAGCGCCGCUCAUAAAAAUGCACAACAGCAGCGCGUAGAAAGUAGAGAAAUAAUAUUUUAUAAAAGCGUAAAAUUAAAUAAGAAAGCCACUUAGCUUAAGCUGCUUGCUUUUUGUUCCGAAUGCAAAGGCGGCUGCGUCACGGCGGAAGUGCCAACACAAAGCGAGUAUAAAACAAGUAUUAAAUUGACGUUAAAAAAGUGCUCUCUGCAGUGCACACAUAAAAGAAGCAACCAAAACAAAGAAGCGGUACGUUAAUAAAGCACACAAAAUAAAUUAACAAUAACCAACAACAACAACAACAAUUGCUUAUACACACUAGCGCUCAAGUGUGCCCAUUUUCAUAACAAUGCGCAUAAUUUCGCAUAGCAUACGUUGCGGCGCGCAAGCUUAUGCCGCCAACGCGGCACAUACAAUUAACAAAAACAGCGCUACACAGCCCACCAUAAGCGCUACCACCACCACUGCUACCACCGUUACGAAACAGACAUCUACUCAAGCCACCGAAAUAUUUGCAAACGCUGCGCCACAGAAGCAACGCAGCGUCAGCGUAUUGUCCGUUAACGCGUCACCAUUAGCUGUGUCAGAAUUGGCUUGCGCCACCACGUUGCAGGCAGUUGCGUCGCCAACAGUUACGUCAGCAGCCAUACGGCAAUCGCAACUGCAGUCACAGUCGCACAACACGCUAUCAACUACAGCAUUGCCACGUCGCUCCUACGCGGCACAAUUCAGAAUGAAUUGCCCCAUUUUAAUUGUAAUUAGCCUCGCUUGUAUCCUGCAUGCCGGUAUGCUGUGGCAUGGUGCAGGUGCAGCAAUUUCAAAUCGAGGCACCAACACACGCCCCAUGAGCACUUCGCAGACAUCCUCCAUGUCGGGUGUACAACCGCACUUUCUCUCGCGCGGCCACACAUAUCGCGCCGUGGUGGGCGACACUCUGGUCCUGCCGUGCCAAGUUGAGAAUUUGGGAAAUUUCGUUUUGUUGUGGCGACGCGGCAUCAACGUGCUCACUGCCUCCAAUAUAAUGGUGACAAGGGAUGAGCGCAUAAGACUGAUAGACGGUUAUAAUUUAGAGAUAUCAGAUUUAGAGCCACAAGAUGCUGGGGAUUAUGUAUGUCAAAUCAGUGACAAAAUAAAUCGUGAUCAAGUGCACACUGUGGAAAUAUUGGUUCCACCGAGUGUACGCGCUAUACCCACCUCUGGACAAUUGCAGGCACGCAAGGGUGGUCCAAUCACACUGGAGUGCAAAGGAUCUGGAAAUCCUGUACCAUCCAUUUAUUGGACAAAGAAGAGUGGCGCUGGCAAAUCAUCAGCUCGCAUUGGCGACGGUCCAAUUUUGACACUGGAGAAACUGGAGCGUCAACAGGCUGGAGUAUAUCAAUGCACCGCAGACAAUGGAGUCGGUGAACCGGUUACAGUCGAUAUGCGCUUGGAUGUUUUAUAUCCACCGGACAUACAAGUGGAGAAGUCAUGGAUACAUUCUGGCGAAGGCUUCGAAGCAAAACUGGUGUGCAUUGUCUACGCUGAUCCGGUGGCCACGGUGUCUUGGUACCAAAACUCAUUUCCGAUACAAACGACCGAUAGGCGAAUUAUGUCAACAAGAGGCAACCGACAUACGCUCACCAUACGACACAUACAACAGGAGGACUUUGGCAACUACAGCUGUGUAGCCGAUAACUCACUCGGACGCUCGCGCAAGUACAUGGAGCUGUCUGGGCGCCCGGGCCCAGCUGAAUUCUACUCACCGAAAUGGGGUCGCUCGUCGGACAGCUACAAUCUGACAUGGAAAAUAGAUAGCUAUCCGCCAUUGCAGGAGGUCCGUCUGCUCUAUAGGCGUGUAUUGAUGAAUGACACAUUCCAGCAACCGGGAAGAUGGCAUGACUUCAUACUGACACCUGAACAUCGUCCCGCAUCGGAGCCACUUACACACAUCAUGUCAUACACCAUAAAGAAUCUACAUCCUGGCGCUUACUAUGAGGCGAUAGUGCAGGCGAAAAAUAGCUACGGUUGGAAUGAGGUCAGCGAUAUCUUUCAAUUUAUCGUCGCCAGCAAUACCAUGGACAUACCGCCAGAGGACGCUGAAGUGGUGGCCAGCUCCAAGUCGCGUAGUAAUUCCGCCGCCACGGGCAGCACGCAAUUGCAAACGCUCGCGCACAACCGAACCAUGGUAUGGUGUGCGCUCUUUGCCAUCGCGGCGAGUUGCCUGCUGCAGCGCAGACAUCAGCGACAAGUUUGCGCCAACGUGGGAUAAGCGAGCGAAACGAACGCGCGUCUUAAUGAGUGUGUGCAGCUUCGUGGGCGGCAAAUUAAUUUAAAAUAAGAAAUGUAAUUCGAUGCUUUUGUUGAUUAUUUAUUUUCAAUUUAAAUGAUAAGCAAGGGUCAAGUUAAAACAAAAAAACAAAUUAAGUAAAAAAGAUACCAAAAUCGUGGAAAUUGUAGAUUAAGAUAAAGUAAGAAAACAAAUUUACUGCGAUAAGCAGAAAAACCGCAAAUGAUUGAAAGUAUCAGCAGAAAAAUAUUAAAUUUAAAACCCCAAUUACGUUAUCCUUGCGAGUCAAACGCUCUUUAGUUCAUUUGUUCAAUGACUAUUUUUUGCGAAAGUUGAGAAAACCAAUCGCAGGAGGUAAAGUGUAGUUUAAGUCGACUGGUACUUUAUGGCAAAAAGAACUUAUCUAUUGGCUAGCGGUUUUUAUCAUUUAAUUAACGAAAUAUCAUGUAUAUUUACAUAAAACAUAAUGUCAGUGAGUAUGAGUUUGAUGAGGCAUUUAAUUGACUUAAUUAGACAUGCUAUCUCAAAUUCUUAUAGACCCUAAGCAAACUGUGUAUAUUUAAGGGCUACAAUUUUUAUGUCUAUCUGUAUAUAAAAUUAUAUGGAAAUGGCAUAUAUGAUUUUUUACUCAGUUUGUGGCAGAAGAUGACAAGAGCAGGCAAAUUUUGGUGGUGCAGAAUAUAUUUUGAUGACCUUCUUAUUAAAAGGCAGGCAAACUAAUGCCUACCGAAGUACUAACAGCACAGAAAAUAGAGUUCCAAUAAACAGGCAAGUAUAUUUCAAUCAAAAGGAAGCCUUUAAUAUUAAUGCAUCAUAGUUUAAAGAAUAAGUAGACUAUUUUCUGUAAAGUUAUUCAACGAAGCAGCAUAAUUUUUUUUAUCGGUCAAAUACUUAUCCCAAUGAUUCUUCAGCUCUUGAGAACAGUUGUCAUAAGCUUAAAUAUGUAAAACACACUAAAAUCGCUCGAAGUCUUAAUUUCUCACUUAGGCCAGUUAUAAUGCUUCAAGUAAAGUGAUUUGAGUCGUCGUGAGCGAAAAUAUUCACAAGAACCCCAAAUACAGGCAUGACUUUGAGAGAUACUUAAUAAAAUAGCGCUCGAAUUUUUUAUUAAAAAUUCUCAGUUUUUUAUUAAUGAGAUUACGUCGUUUUUCUAACAAUGGAAAUGGUCCGUUUAAAGAGAUUUGAAAAGUUAGUAGAAUUAGGAGAAAUAGGGUGAUGUAAGGAAACGUAGAGCUCUCGUGCUAACUGGUUAUAUAUAACACAUUUAUCCAAAAUUUUUCGGGAAUAAUAAAAUAAGUUAUUUGAAGAGGGUGUCGUCUUCUUUCCUAAAUUCGAUGCCUAAAUUUUCACCGCCAUAAUUAUUAAAGAAGCUCUGGAAUAUAACGAGGAAUCAUCUAUAUUCUAGUUACAUACUAACUCGUAGCCAAAAAUCAGAACUUAUGCAUAGAGAGCACAAAAUCUACACCAGUGCUGGAUCAAAGUGUUUUCCUGGAAGAAAGGAAUCUGAAAAUCUUUUAAGUCUUCAGCAUUAAAAACAGUAACAAACUAAAACAGGCUUUUUUCAAUAUGCCUGCCACAAUCUUGCAAAAUUAAACCGUAUGCUGAUUUCUGUACGUAAUUAUCAAUUGAUUAAAACUAAUUUAAUUUUUAAAGCAUGCGAUAACGAGGCAUUUCAGACAUGUUACUUAAUUUAGUCAAUUACUUAAAUGUCUACACUAAGAGGCAUAACAUAAAAUUUGCUAACUGACUCAAUUAAGCAUCGGUCUGAAAAGCCUAAAAGUAAGGAACAUAAAUUGUAAAUACAGAGUAUUGAUUUAAGUAAAAAAAAUAGAUAGUAGAAACUUGUAAAUAAAUUAAAUUUUAAAAUAAUACAUAUUCCGUAGAGCUAAGAACACUGAGAUUAUUCAAAUAGAAUUGUGAAUUUCAAUUCUCGCACACAUGCACACGACUUUUUACGAUUAAAAGAACACCACUUGCAUAUACAUAUAUAUAAAUAUUAGUGAAAUGAAAGCGAAGUACUCGCCGCACAGACAUGCAAACAUACAUAUAUGAUUGUAUGUGUGUGUGUGUGGAGUUAGAUAAAAAGCGUACCACCAGCAACUAAAGUUUUAUUGAUAAAAGUAGCAAAAAGGAGAAUUUUCCGCUUGUAAACGCAAAUUUAAUGAACUUUGAAAUAGUUUUUACUCAACAAAUUGAUAAUUUAUUUGAAUAAACACUGUAAAUAGCAUUUUAAGUCACCGCAAAUAAAAGUAAAAAAGAAAGUAGUUUUUUAACAAAAACAAAAAAAAAAAUUAAGUGAAAAUAAUAAAUAUUAUAUUUAUUUAUAUGUGUAAUAACGGCGAUGGCGGCACAUUUGGAGUAUUUCAAAGCUCAUAAUUAUUAAUGUAUUAUUGUAUAUUGCGCCUAGUUUGUAAGUAAUUAACACACAUACACACAAAGGAAAUGGUAAAAUUGUAAUUGUAAGCAAAUACCAGCAACUUUGUAACAACAAAAAAAACAGAAAAGCGCAAAUUGCAUGUGAAUUUCGACGCAUACUUAUAGACCAAACAACAAAAACAACAAAACCUAAGCUUAGUGCAAAACCAAUGCGAUAUACUAAAUGAAAUCAAGCGAAAAUUGCAACUGUGGUGUGUUUUUUUGCUUAGGCCCAUGGCAACGCAUAUGAAAACUGAACUAAGUUAAUGCGUGAAUAUAGAAAAAAUCAUUUCACUUUGAUUAAAAUGGACUUUUGAAACUUUUCCAAAACAUUUGCAUUGAUUAAGUGCAUAAAUGCAUAAAAAGCAGCAACAACAUGAAAUUAUAAAUCAUGAAAUUGUAAUAAACGCAGAUUAGAAUAGUGAAUGUGAACAUAGAUAAAGCAAAGAAACCAAAGAUGAAAAAAUUAUAAUAAAUAAAAUGAAAUAAAUAAAUAAACAUAGACAAAUUUGUAUAAAAAAUUAAUCAUAAAUAUAAGCAUACGCGUGGUAAAAAGUAAUUAAUGCCGAAAUGAACAAAAAUUAAAGCAGCAAUUAGUUGCCGUUAAUAUUUAAUUAAAAACAAAUCAUUAAUAACGCAAAUGUUUGGCAAAUAAUUUAAAUUAGAUAAUUUGAAUCUUUUUAUAAAUUUAUAUAUCAACUGUAUAAAUAAAUGGUUUUUUUUUUUACCAAUAAUUACUCGGCAGCUCAUAAUAUUUUUACUAAUUUAUUUAUACUAUGUUUUCUUCUGUUUUGUAAUUAUCGUGCAAUUUGCCACAUGCUUCCAUAUUUUACUAUUUUUUAUGCUUGGAAAUUACUUUUAACUAUAUUAAUUUUUAUAUAAAUUAGAUUAAAUUAAUUUAAAUACUGAACUAUGUGAAAUAAAAUUAAAUAAUAAAAUAUCAAUGAGAAACGAAAACGUAAGGCAAUAUAAAAAAAAUGGAAAAAAUUAAUAAUGAAUAUACAAUUAUAUUAAAUAUUUAAAAAAUAAAUAAGAAAUAUUAAUUUUAACAGAGCAACUAAAAAAUUAAUUUAAAAUUUAGAUAACAAAAUAUUAUAAAAAAAAUUAUAAUAUAUAACAAAAAUUAAACUAAAUUGAAUUAAAAUAAAUUGAAUGAAUUAAAAUUUAUUUUUUGGCCAAAGGGGCAGAAAAUGCCUUGAGCUUCAUUAAAGCUGUCGUCUCAGAAAGGGUAUCUGCAUCCACGUCCCGCUUUUUGCUAAGUUUUAAACUUGCUUGCUUGCUUAAAAUAAAUUAAAAUCAAACAAAAAAUUGAAAUAAAAAAUAAAAAAUAAAAUAAAUUAAUACAAAAUAAAAUAAAAAAAAAUUAAAUUAAAUAAAUUUAAAAUAAUAAAAUAAAAUACAAUAAAAUAAAAUACAAUAAAAUAAAAUAAAACAAAAUUAAAUUAAAUAAAUUUAAUAUAAUAAAAUAAAAUACAAUAAAAUAA